AUGUGGACUGCAAGAAACUUGUAUAUCACUCAUGCCGCAUGCAUUGGCGGAAUUGUUGAAUUAUUCCAGAAGUCUUUGGGACAUUUGUUCAAAAUCUUCUUAAAUAGAUUCUUCAACUACCCCCUACGACUUCUUAUUUGUUUUACCAAACACUUGCACUUUGGCGCAUUCAACAGUGUGACCUUCUUUUCACUCAAAGUCGCAUUUCAUAAAAUAAUUUUGAAAUUAUUUUCAAAAAUUAUUUGGAAAAAGGAAGGAAUUGAGAAGGUCAUUGUGCUAGAUUCUGUGAAAGAGAUGAGCACAGAUAUAUUCAUUUUAUCAAGCUCUUUUCAAAAUGAUAAAUCUCAAGUGAAAACAAAUAUCCCACCGCCAUAUAACUAUUCCGGUAGUACUGUUAAAGAAGCUGAUCCCAGAUCACUGAUGCUAAAACAUGGCCCGUAA